ACACAUGGGCGCCCACUCCCGUGAAGUUUUUUUUAAGUUCAAGCUGCUCUCUCUGAUCACCGCCUGUGCCUUUUCCGAGCCACAGUGAGACGCUCGCAGCGAGGACAAAAAUUACGCGCCGUUCAUCGUAGGAGGAAAGUGGUCCUGAAGAGAGACAUGGAGGAAACUACAAUUCCCGGCAUGCACGGGAUCGUAAGCGUGUAGAGAGGACUUUCUCUUUUUCUUGGCUUUUCACCACGUGGAUUCAACAUGGCCGGGUUUGUGGAUCUGAAUCUCCCCUACUUGCCGGAGAAGGAGUCUUUGCAAAAGUUGGUGGAAUCUGCAGCGCACCUUGGCUAUUCAACUGUGGCAAUUAAUUAUAUUGUUGACUAUGAAGAAAAGAAAAAGGAAGUUGUGAAACCUAUCUUACCCUCAGAACUGUUUACAUCCUUGCCUAUGGUGCAGGGGAAAUCCAAGCCAAUUAAGAUUUUGUCGCGGCUAACGCUUGUUGUUUCUGAUCCGUCCCAUUGCAACAUCCUAAGAGCAACAUCUACAAACAUUAAAUUUUAUGACAUCUUUGCUGUAUUUCCUAAGAAUGGGAAGCUCUUCCAUGUGGCUUGCACAACCUUAGAUGUCGACCUUGUGUGCAUCAACGUAACGGAAAAGAUGCCAUUCUACAUCAAGAGGCCCUCUGUUAAUGUGGCAAUAGAUCGAGGCAUAUACUUUGAACUUGUUUACGUGCCUGCCAUCAAAGACUCCACAAUGAGAAGAUACACGAUUUCCAAUGCGCUCAGCCUAAUGCAGAUCUGCCGAGGAAAGAAUAUUGUACUAUCCAGUGCAGCAGAAAAGCCUUUACAGCUCCGAGGCCCUUACGAUGUGGCUAACCUAGGGUGGCUCUUCGGCUUGUCUGAAAACAACGCCAAGGCUGCUGUUUCUACCAAUUGCAGAGCGGUCCUGCUUCAUGGAGAAUCCAGAAAGACUGCCUGUGGAGUAGUAUAUACAGUGAAGAAACCUCGAACCCCAGAUGAAGAUGACUCCACUCCAGCUACCAAAAAAGCCAAGAUGGCAUUGUGAUAAGCAUGGUCUUCUCUGUGGCUUCUAUCAGCCCUGCCCCCAUAGUUCCAGACUCUUGAAUGGCCAGAUGGAGGGAGUGUUUCUUUCUCUGGUGCAAUUGCUUAGAUUGGGCUUUGGCAUCCAUGAGACUGUGGAGCGUCUGACUGUGGACAACAGAAGCUGCAGAGACUGUUGUGACUUUUGGGGGGGGGGGGUCAGCUGCCUAGUACAGAGUGGCAGUGUACCAAAGCAGAUGGAAACCAUUUGUAGAGCUCCAUUCCAUUUAGAACAAAGACCUUUUAACCCAGGAAUUCUGUUAUGCUCCUUUUUGCCAUCUGCCUCAUAGUAUUUCCAGGAAUGGAAUCUCCCUGGAGACUGUUGUAUCUCAGAGUGCUUGAGAACCCCAGUGACUUUUAAUCAGUUCAUGAAUGCACAGUCGAGCAAUUAAAUAAAUUUCUGGAAACAUUAAUGAUAGCACUACAGCAGUGGCUAGAAGUCUACAGAUGGGGGCUCUAGCAGUACAUGCAUCAUGAUGCCUAUGCCUGGGAGUUGUGUAAGUGCAGUAUUUCCAGGUUGGAAGUCACUAGCAACUCCUUAGUUUGGGUGUGAUACGGAGAGCUAGUCUUCACAUGCAGUCAUUGGCCCUUCCUGUCUGAUCCUGCUGGUAGCAAAUCACCCUAUUUGGAUCCAUCAUCUUCGAAGUGAAAAAUGAAUUUCUGGCUUUCAGAUAUUAUAGCCCACCCACCCCCUGCAUCAUAUCUUGAUGUAAAAUAGAAUUAGUGUAGUUUUGUGUUGGGAUCUGUACAAAUAUGACUGCUUCCUGAACAUUUUACUAAGCGGCUUUAGGAUGAAACAGAAAUAUCAGCUGUUUGAGACACAAGAGUCCAUAAACAGCAGUUCAAGGACUAUAUAUGGGAGACAGUCGUGGCAUGGGAGAACCCUGAAGAUUUUGGUCCCCAAAAAUGUUUAAUACAGUGCACCAGCCGCCAUUCUUCCCCCCUACAGGAAAAAGUGAAAUAUAAAUUUUCUGUCUUCUGACACA